AUUUAAGCCUGAACAGUUCUUAAGAAAGCACUGAGGAAAGUGGAAUUCUACAAGGUUAUUUAUUCUAUAACAUGUUUGAAGACAAAAGUGAUACAAAAAAACAUUUAAAUGAUGAUAACGAGGAAGAAGAAACAGUUGACAACAAAAAGAAAAAAAAUUUAAAAGAUAACAUGUUUGAAGACAAAAGUGAUACAAAAAAACAUUUAAAUGAUGAUAACGAGGAAGAAGAAACAGUUGACAACAAAAAGAAAAAAAAUUUAAAAGAUAACAUGUUUGAAGACAAAAGUGAUACAAAAAAACAUUUAAAUGAUGAUAACGAGGAAGAAGAAACAGUUGACAACAAAAAGAAAAAAAAUUUAAAAGAUAACAGUAUUGAGAAGACUACUAAUGAUUGCAAAAAUGAUCCAUCAAAUUCCGAAAGAACUACAAAUUACGUGAUCUUUUCACUUUUUAGUAUUUGCGUAGUAUUAAUAGCCAUUUUUUUCUAUAAACCAACAGUGAUUCCUCAAGAUCAUUAUUAUGUAACUCCUGAAACGUUUCAACUUAAGAUAGAUAAAAUGAAUGUAAGGUUUUCAAAUCAAGAUGACAUAUUUUGGUUAAAGAUUAAAAAGCUUGGAUAUAGACACUUAAAAAGAGUGUUUAAAAAUGAUUCAAAUGAACAACAGCCAUUUACAAUGCUAAUAGCUGGUUAUGAUGGAACAAAUUUGACAAUGAAAUGCUUUUUAAAAGAUUUGGGAUUGGCUUUUACAGAUAAAAAUUAUAAUACUUUAACUUCUGAAGGAACCAGUAAAGAAAGUUUAGAUAAACAGAUUCAGGAAAGUUUAAAUUCUCUUCAGAAGUAUGUUGUUGUGACAAAUAUUGAACAGAUGACUUUAGAAACAGCAAGCAUAUUCAUGAACUAUGCUGAUGAACACAUUAUUAGUUCUCAAAUAAGUUUUCCAAAAUCUACUAUUAUUAUGACAGCUGAGAUGCCAUUUUCUUUUCCUGAAAACAAUGCAAAUUAUAACAGAAUAAAAGAAGAGGAGAAAGUCAUGAAAUAUUUUGUUAAUGAGAUCUGGGGCCAUGAUAAAAAUAAAGCUUUACCAUUAUGGUCUCGAAUCGGAAAUGUUGUGGUUUUAUUAAAACCUGAAAAUUGGGCAGACAAACAGUGCAGUUAAACAAUUUUUUACAUUUUUUUUGACUUUGUUAUUUAAUUUUUUGAAAUAAUUAUAAUAUAUAAUGCUACGUUAUAUAUAUAUUUUCUAAUAAUUUCUGAAUAGAAAAAAAUUAGCUAUAAUAUUUUUAUAUUUGUAAACCAAAUUUUAUUUAGUUGUUCAAGUAUCUGUUUCAUAAUUGUUUGAAUAUUUUUAAAGCAAUUUGCAAACACAAAAUUGAAUAUAAAAAUAAAAUUUAUAGUAAAAAAAUAUUAUAUUUUUUAGAAAUGAAUAAUAAAAUAAUUUUAAAAUA